CACACAGUGAGCCCUGCGCCUCUAAGCAGCGUGAGAUUUCCUCUCUCCCGUAUUACCGACAAGAGCGGUCACUCAACGCAAGUGUCUCUUCACUCGUUACCAUCCCAACAUGCCUUCCAGUCUCAAUACGCAAGGCGGGAAAGCCUUCGGGUUGCUUAAAGCGCAGCAGAGGGAGAAGCUGGACGAAAUCAAUAAGGAGUUUAUGGAAGAUCAGAAGUAUCGGGAUGAGGAGGAUUUGGCUGACAAGCUGGAUUCUUUUAAAAAUAAGUAUGCAGAAUUUGACCUGAACGAUCAGGGGGAUAUUGACAUGAUGGGUCUGAAGAGAAUGAUGGAGAAGCUGGGUGUGCCAAAGACUCAUCUGGAGAUGAAGAAAAUGAUCUCAGAGGUGACUGGGGGCUGCAGCGACACAAUCAACUACAGGGACUUUGUCAAAAUGAUGCUUGGCAAGAGAUCAGCUGUCCUCAAACUGGUUAUGAUGUUUGAAGAUAAAGCAAACGGGACCAGCUGUAAACCUGACGGGCCACCUCCCAAACGUGACAUCACCAGCCUACCGUAGAUCAGCUGAGGAGUGGAGAUUGAUUUGAUAAAAUGAUGAUGCAUUUGCAAAUCCCAACCAUUUAACAUUAGGGGCUAGGCUCAAAUAGCCUUACCUAGAAUCUGUUGCCAAACCCAGGGAAAAGGGGGGGGUGUAUACAUUUGCUGUGAAGAAGUCAAAGUGCAUAAUAGCUUUUUUAUAUGUAAACCAAUCUAUAUAUUUUUAUGAAAAGGGUUUUUCUGAAUAGUGUUUACAAGCACAAAUCCUGUGGGUGAAUUUAACUAAAGUUAUGUGUGCAAGACUGCAAGUGUACAAAGUAUAGUGGACAGGAUGAUGUCAUUUUUAGAAUUAAGAUUUAUUUUCUUCCCAAGAAGCAAUGUGCUUGGUGUUUUCAUUCCAGUAUAUUUGUUUUUGCUGGUUCCUCAUUUUUAAUUCUAAAUGCUUGAAGCCAUUUUCAGCUUGUGCUAACUCCGCUCUGUGUCCUAUAGUAUGACAUCAUAAAGUAUAUGGGGCUGUUUUGUUUUAAGAUUCGGUGAUUGCUUAGCCAGUUGCAAUGAAAAAGCUUUUGAUUUAGGUUGGUCUGGUGUUCCUAAAUGAAGAAUUUCCAGUGUGUUUGUAACAGUACAGGAAGAUGAGGGAAAGGAGAAUGCUGGAAAAUGAGUGAGGAAGAGAGCUCUGACGGAAAACCAAGAAUAAGAACCGUUUUCAUUCAUUAGUUGUUUUGCUCAUUUCACCUUUUUUUUGUGGACCGUUUGAACAUAAUACCUGUAAUCUGUUGUUACUGGACUAAGCACAUUAACAGUUAAGCAUUUUUCUUGUACAGCUAUGCUUUGAAUUACUUUUAGGAUGUGCUUUAUUCUACUGCUUACAUUUUGAUUGUGUGUCUUCAGAACCAGCUGCAUUUAAAAUCCCUAGGAGUCUUUUUAGUCACUGAAUAGCCUGGUUUGAAACAACUCUUUCCAAAGGCCUCACUCUGUUUGAUGGAGCAGAGGUUUUGAGUGAAGUUUGUGUGUGUGCACGUGCGCUUGGAAUUUAUAUUCUUAUAUUCUGAAUCCGUUUUUGUGUUUUGUGUGGAGUCCUUAAAAAACUGUCUCAUUUUAUCUUGAGCAAGUUUAAAUGUGUACCUGAUAUUAUGUAGUGCUGUUGUCUUAUUUUAUUUUCCACUUGCCUCACAGGUUUUCUAUCUGUUCCAUAAGAUAUGUUGUGUAAGGCAAGCCCUAUCGUGAAGUAGAUUUCAGAGGAAUUUGUUUUUUGUUUUCACCCUCAAUGUGAGUCUCCUUUCUGACUAUGAGUAAGAUAAGGAUAUGGCAGGAGAGGCUUUCAGUUGUAUUUUGAACUCAACCUGCAAACAAAACUCACUUUUAUUUGUUUGUCACGUGAUGUUUUAUUUUUGUGCCUCGGUUACAUUUAAUCUCAUUGACAUGUUAUUUUCCUCAAAUUCUUCACAGUAUGAAUCAAUGGCUGCACUAUUGCUUUUUAUUAGAAAUGCUUUUUUUAAUGACAUUAGAAUUAUUUGUUUUAUCUGUCAGCAUAUUAAUUAGUGGAGGCAUUUGUAAAGUUUAAUUUUCUUUUCUUUUGGCAAACACCAAAGGAAGUAAAGAUCAUUCUGUUACACCUGAACUGUUAGUGGGGAUUUUUUUCUUUGUUUCUUUUUUAAGGUCUAAAAAUGGAAUAACCAUACAAAAUAAUGAAAAUUUAAACCAUUUCAGAAAUGAAUUUCAGGCACUGAGUAAUGCAGUUUUAAUGUUCAUUUUUACAUAGACAUUUUUUAAUGUUAACAUUAGGUUAUGCAGCCAUAAUACAUAAGACAUUUAAUACGUUUUAAUAUAUUUAAAAAAAGAAAGCACAAAUGCACAGUAUACAGUAAUUACAACAUUCAAGUAAUGAAAAAAAAAAACAACAGUUCCAAAAAUGUAUAAAAGAAAAACUAGAAUAACAGGGUUUAAAAAGUGCUCGUACUCCUGGAUUUAAUACUUUGUGCCGUUUUGCUUUAAUAACGGCCGUCAGUCUGUUUGGAUGUCUCUACUAGAGCACAUAGAUUGGGAAAUAUUUGCCUAUUCUUCCUUUGUAGAAUUGCUUGAGUUCAGUGAAAUUGUGAGGUGAGCUGCGAUGGACUGCUCUCUUGGUCCAUCCACAGGUUUUCUGUUUAGGUCAAGGCUCUGACUUGCCCACUUAACACAGAUUUUCCUUAAGAAUUUAAGUGUAUAUGACAGUACCCUGUAGCUCGGUAUACAAACAAUAGAAGUCAAUGGAAACUCCCCAACUCUGUCCCUGGAGGCCCCGAACACUGCACAUUUUGUAUAUAUCUGACAGGUCCAAUUCAGGUCUUGGAGUUUCUACUAAUGAGUUGAAUCAGGUGUGUUUGAUUAGAGAGAUAUCCAAAAUGUAUAGUGUUGUGGUGGGGUGGGCUCCAGAAACGGGUGGAAACCACUCUUCUAUGAAACAACAGCUACUCAGUUGGAAUGCAUAUCUAGUGUACAAGUGUUGUAAUUUAAGGACCUUUCAUGUGACUUCUGCAGCUGAUAAUGUUGAAGCCAUAAGAGAGACCUCUUAAAUGUAUGAACAGAUGGAACCCACAAUAACCCUGACGCACUCUCACAAAUACAUGUACACAUAAAUAAUGCAAAUAAUCUGUAGCCUGUAACAACUAACAUUUGUGAUUAACCCAUUAUGUUCAAAAAUGUGUUGGUCCUGUGUAUGGUAACCAACCUGGGCAGAUACACAGUUCAGUUUUAGUAGGUCCACAGUUUACAUUUAAGCACCCUGUUUUGUGCUGUGUGAGGUUAGGUAAUUUUUGACAUAUUGUUUACUUUGAAACUUUGUUCUGUAACACAUUCUAAACCACUUCACUGUUGUGUUUGUUAACUUAGGGUAUUUUGAAAUACAGAAGUUAGUUUUGGCUUUUCCAGAAUGGCAAAGAAGAGGACUUUUUAUCAGUAUUGCCAUCAGUGGUCUGUGCACUUCCUCAUUAGGCUUCUGCAUUGCAGAUUUAGAAAGAAGUGGCCUUGUUCUCUAGACAGUCCAGUUCUUUAUACAGUGCAUGUUUGACAUUAUUUAAAGAUGAAAUAUGUAAUUGUUGCCUGCUACACACACUGAAAUAGCAUUCCCACUUCUCUCUCUUAUCAAUAAUAGUCUGUUCCUCUUUGUGUUUCUGUAUCUGACCCAUCAAGACUGAGGGGAAAAAAACAUUCACACAUCUCUUGGAACGCUUUUGAAAGAGACUAAAAAGUUUUUUUUAAUCUUUUAAGCUUUGCAAUCUUGAGGCCUUAUAGUAUCUAAGGGUGAUUCUCCAAAGAAAGGCCUUUUUUACUUCUUGAAAUCUCGAGAAAAAAACAAGAGGAAACAUAUUGUUUUUUCUUUGUUAAAACAACUAUGUGCUGGAAUAAAGAUCUGAUCAUGGCCUUAAUCGACCUCAGUGUAAUUUUAUUCUCAAGAAAAAGUGCAAAGUAGACUGUCAAUGAUUUCAACACUCUGUAGAAAUAUACUGCAGAGGGAGAAGUUAAAAGUAUGGAAAAAGAUGACAAGGCCAAAAUAGUGAAAUUCUUCAAAACUUAGGAAAAUCACUUGUAGAGAGUAAAAAUCUGACCUAUAAAAAUGUCCUUAAAUUAAUAAAUUAAGCAUUAGCCUAUUUUAAUCAACCUAAAGGAUGGUUGAUGAUUUAGUUCCCCUAAAUAAAGAUUAAACUCUAGUUGGUUUUAUGUUAAUGAAUCUCAAAAUUUGUGACUUGUAGUGACUUGAGCGCAGGCUGAUAAAACAUGCCUCUGCAUU